GUCUGUGUUUGACGAAACUUAUGAAAAGUUCGAUUUAAACUUUUUAAACUGGGCUUACUGUGUAAGUACACCAAUAAGAAUGAAUUGAUGAAAUUAGUUUGUGUCCAGAGUUGUUUGUUCUGUUCAUUUGUGUGCUUUUCUAAGAUUGAAGUAGCAAGUUCUUUUGCCAUGUCUGUUAUGAACAAUUACCGGCUUACAGAAACGGAAAACGUUUCAAAUAGGUUGCAUGAGGUAAAAAAGUUUGGUGCCUCCAAUAAUCAGUCAGAGGUGAAAAAGAAGGCUCUGGCAGAUGUUGGUAAUGUGCUACAUCAAAAGUCUGUUCAAAGAGUAAGCAAGCCCUCUGCAACCUUCUCUAAACAAAAUGUUGUUGGGAAGAAUUUAUUUAAUAUUUUCAACAGUAAAGAGAACAAGAAUCUUGAAGAAAAUAAGCCUAAACAGGUAGAAAAAACACACAAUCUUCUGUUAAGUGCCAUGGAAGAUAUUAAUGAUGGGAUUGUAGAGACAGUCUGUUCUUGCCAAGAGACUGAUGAAGGUGACUUUGCUGACUUCAUGUUAAAUGAUAUCAAACUUCCCAAAAAUCAGAUUGAAGAUCUUGCUUUAGUGUGGCAAAAUACUCCUACAUUCACUGCUAGUGACAAGUAUGAAAUAGAUGCCAUGAUCCCUUAUAUACCAGAGAUUGACUGUCUCAGUUUCACUUACCAAAAACAUAUGGAGGACAUGGUGGAAUUUGAUUGGGAUGUUAGCAAAUUGCCAGAACCUGCCACCCCUUAUGAUCUUCCUUAUGAUGAUGAAGAAGACCUUGCCAGCCUUUGUAAUGGUCUUGGUUGCUAUGAACUCUAAAUCAAAAGCUGACAGCUUAAUUGAAUGUAGUUCUUUGACUUAUAAUCUAUUAUGCUUUUAAUGUGUUAUUAAUGAUAAUUUAUUUAAGAUUUUGACAAAAUAAAGUUAGCUUUGUUAAUGUUUAAAACCACAUAAUUUUGUAAUUUUUCAUUCACAAGAAGAAAUAUGUUAAGAAUUCUC